AAAAAGCUUCAGUUUGUGAAACACUCGAAUCGUGUAAAGAGAUGGCUGGAUGCACUGGAAACAAUUUUAGAAACAGCUCUUCAAAAACGAGUUUGAGUUCUAAUCUUAUAUUAAGGGAUGAACAGAUCAGGAAACUUAAACGCUUGGAACUUAAAAUUAAAAAACUACUGGAGGCGAAGGUGGAAACACCGGAUGUUCCCGAAAAUAAAUACCAGAGGUGCCGAGUCUUGGGUAAAAUCUUCUCGAUUCUUUUCGAUCAAGGACCGAUUGAACAAAUCUGCAGCCUUGUAUUUACUAUAUUCUCAAUUAUAACGUCCGUGAUCGUGGGUCCUGAAGGCCCGCCAAGCAUUAAAAAUGUGCCCCAGAAGUCAGGGUCACGAUUACUUCCCCCACAUAUCGACGAGCCUCUGAAUGUGUUAUUGGAUAGAAUGUCAGUGCUGUGUUCCGAUCCACCAAAAUUACCCACGGAGACCAUUAAAAAAGGCACUAAAGCGGAUAUAACGUCAGCAUCAGCCAAAGAUAAAACCGCAGCACCAAAAACAAAGUUGACUAAUGAAAAAAAGUAUGCUGCAAAUCGUAAUGACAAGUAUAGCAUCCCAGAGCGAUCCCAUAAAGCGAGAAAUAUACUCAAGAAAAGCUAAUCAAAAUAUUCU